AUGGAGGAGGCCCCUCAGACGAUAUUUGCUGAAAAAAGGGGAGGAGUGCCUAGCGAACACCGAGGGGCCCUGAAGGUGCGUAGCGAACACCGAGGGGCCCUGAAGGUGCGUAGCGAACACCGAGGGGUCCUGAAGGUGCCUAGCAAACACCGAGGGGCCCUGAAGGUGCGUAGCGAGCACCGAGGGGCCCUGAAGCGCCUCCAACCCACGCUGAGCACAGCCUUUGGCUCGGCCUUCCAAUAUGGCUGCAACAUCGCUGUGGUUAACACGCCGCACAAGGUCUUGAAGUCCUUUUAUAAUGAAACCUACUUUGAGCGACAUGGAGCCUUCAUGGAUGAGAAAGUCAUGCUGCUGCUGUGGUCCUGCACCAUGUCCAUGUCUCCACUGGGCAUCUUGGUGGGGCCCCUGCUUAUUGGCCUGCUGGUUGACAAAUGUGGCAGAAAGGGAACACUGCUGAUCAACAAUGUCUUCGCCAUCCCUGCCAUCCCGAAGUGAGUCAGCAAAGUGAGCAAAGCUUCCGAGCUGAUCAUCUUUUCUCGAGUGGCGCUGGGAGUCUGUGCAGGCAUCUCCUACAGUGCCCUUCCCAUGCACCUGGGAGAGUUAGCUCCCAAGAACCUUAGGGGUGCUCUGGGAACAAUGACGGAGGUGUUUGUCAUCGUGGGAAACUUCCUAGCACAGAUCUUCAGCCUGCAAGCCAUCCUGGGCAACCCUACAGGCUGGCCUGUGCGCUUGGCACUCACGGGGGUCCCCGCACUGCUUUGGCUCCCCUCUCUGCCCUUCUUCCCUGAGAGCCCGAGGUCCACCUUGAUUCAGAAAAGAGAUGAAGAAGAAGUUUGACAAGCUCUGCGGAAGCUGAGAGGCUGGGCAGAUGUGGAGGACGAGAUGGAAGAAAUGCACGUGGAGGACCAGGCCGAGAGGGCCAAGGGCCGCCUGUCUGUGCUCAGCCUCUUCGCGUUUCCGCCUGUCCGCUGGCAGCUGGUCUCCAUCAUCGUGCCCAUGGCCGGCCAGCAGCUCUCCAGGGUCAACGCGGUCAACUACUACACGGACAUGAUCUACACCUCCCUCGGCUGGCAUGGAGGCGGCUCAUUCCCAGUAACAGUGGGUGCCAGCGUGGUCAACAUAGUGAUGACCGUCAUCUCGGCAGGCGCCGUCGAGCGGCUGGGUAGGCGGCGCCUCCUGCUGGUCGGCUACGGCAUCCGCGUCUCCGCGCUGCGCUUCCAGAGCACGGUCCCUGAGCUGUCUUACCUUGGCAUCAUCUGGGUCUUCGCCUUCGCAGGACAUUCCAUCGGGCCCAGUCCCGUGCCCUCCGUGGUGAGGACGGCGAUCUUCCUGCAGUCCUCGCGGCCGGCCGCCUUCGCGGUGGACGGGGCCGUGCUCGGGCUCACCAGCGUCAUCGUGGGCUUCGCGUUCCCGUCCGUCCAGGAGGUCAGUGGUGCCUACAGCUUCAUUAUCUUUGCCAGAAUCUGCCUCCUCACUGCUGUUUACAUCUACGUGGUCAUUCUUGAGACCAAGGGCCGAACAUUUAUGGAGAUAAAGCAAAUUUUUGCCCAGAGAAACAGAGUGGAGCUUCUGGAGAAGAAAGAAGAAAUCACAGAUGCUGGGCCUCACAUACCGUCUCUGCCUGCCAGGGAGACUUCCUUUUAGUGGCUCAACACGUCCCCCAGAUGGCACAUUUAAGGCUUCCUUUUCUGAGGAAGGGUCUCCCUGCCCCAGGCCUCGAGGGAAGGUGACUGCUGUGAGAUUUCUGUGCCCCCAGUGGCAACUGGAAGACUUUGGUCUUCCAGUUUGGUCCCUGAUUUAGUUAAGAAGCAGUUAACUUCCAACGCUAACUCUGGGAGGAAUGACCUAGGAGGACGGGCAGGUACGUGAGUAUUG